CGUUACUAUGUUGUCGUUGAUGAGCGUGAACCAGCAGGAGCAACAAACUGGACGGAGCUAACUGAUAAGGUUACUGCGAAUAAGCAAAAAAUUCCGUACUACGUGGCUGCGUCAUUCAGUGCCGAUACCUUACCCGGUCCAAGAAAAGUACGAAUUGGUGAUGGGUCGGUGAUCGGUGGAUAUCUGAAUUAUCCAUUGGUAAAGGGCAAAAAAUACAAUUACGAAAUUUACUCGAUCUGGGAGCUGCAAGGAAAGCCAGCUGUCGUUGCACGUCAGCGAGGUCAGCAUCCUUUUCAUUUCACUUUUUUUGAGACUCGUACAUGGGCACCAAAAGACGGUACGCACACUUGGUGA